AUGUCUCUCAAUAACGCAGUGUCCGUUCCAAGUGUACAGGCUGCAAAAGCUAUUGCAGAUUUUCUGCCAUAUUUCGAUGGUGAUAACCAACAACUAGAAUCAUUCAUCUUUAGAUGCGUAAAAUUUUAUAAUACUUAUGAUAGAUCAAACGAUGCCAGUUUGAACGAUUUCGUCUUUAAUAAGCUAGGAGAAGCAAGAAGACGUAGAGAAGAAGAAGCAGUUCCGGAUUCGCAAACUUUGUAUCCCCCGUUUGCUCAUCUUCGGCAGGUAGGAGUUAUAUAG